AUGUUUCCAUCUACAAUUGCCACUUCCCUGCUCCUCGGCAGCCAACUCGCAGCGGCCGGCCUAAUCCAACGCGAAACCACUCAAUUGGUGAACAGCACCGCCUGUUCGAACGUCCACAUCCUGAUCGCUCGUGGAACCACCGAAACCUACCCCGGUUCGUUGGAGACGCUUGCCGAACUGAUCACUGCCAACAACGCGGACACCACAUACGAGAACCUCGUGUACCCAGCCACCUCCGAGACGACGACGGACAGCUACCACGUCGGCAAGAAGGCCGCACGCAAGCAGCUGACUAGUUUCGUGGAGCGAUGCGGGCACACCGAUUCCAAGCUGGUUGUGCUUGCUUACUCGCAGGGUGCGAUGAUUAUUGCUGAUACCCUUGCUGGUGGUGGCGGCGACUCGACUCUGGGCAACCUGACUGCUCCCAUUGACUAUGAUAUCGGAAAGCAUAUUGAUGCCCUCGUCCUAUACGGUGAUCCACGCCACGCUCCCAACCAGCCUUAUAACCAGGGCUACGAGACCUUUAACGUCACAGGUAAAUAUCCUCGCCCGGAAUUCCAGGUGCGCUACUUGACGGAGCAUUACGGAAAGGUGAUUCACGAUUUCUGUAACGUGAAUGACCCGGUGUGUGCCAGUGGUACUAACCUCACGGCUCAUUUGGUUUACCCUGAGAUCUGGGAUACAACUGCUGCUGGAUGGGUGCAGAGUGUCCUUGAUAAGCAGUGA